GCGGAACCAUAAAUCCGCCUUUAGCUGUGGACUGAGCAGAGACGGGACCGGAGCGGGACCGGAGCGGUACCGCGGACCGAGGUCUGAACCGCCGCCAAAACAGGAAGCUACCGAGCCCAACCCGAGCAGCAUCCCCGUCCGGAACCGGUCCCGCCAUGCCGUCCUCCCCGCGGAGCUAACGAGCUAACGGAGCUAACGAUGGCCCGGAGGUUCGGCAGGUUCGGGAGGUUCGGCAGGUUCGCCCGCCCCGCCGACCAGCGGUGAUCCCGCACCGCAGCCAUGCAGGCGGGGCCGAACCCGCAGUACGACCUGCUGGGCUGGAGGGGGCUGCUGGUGCCGGCCCUGGAGAAGGUCCUGAACCAGGUGCAUCCUAACCUGAAGUCUCAGCACGAGGCGCUGCAGUACAUCGAGGAGCUUAUCUUACAGCUACUCAGCAUGCUGUGUCAGGCUCAGCCACGCACGGUGCAGGACGUAGAGGACAGAGUUCAGAAGAGUUUUCCCCAUCCGAUCGAUAAGUGGGCGAUCGCUGAUGCUCAGUCUGCCAUUGAGAAGAAGAAGAGGAGAAGCCCGUUGGCUCUACCCGUCGAAAAGAUCCACCCUCUGCUGAAGGAGGUUCUGGGCUACAAGAUUGACCACCAGGUGUCGGUGUACAUGGUGGCCGUCCUGGAGUACAUCUGUGCCGACAUCCUGAAACUGGCGGGAAAUUAUGUUAGGAACAUCCGACACUUUGACAUCACCAAACAGGACAUCACCGUGGCGAUGUGUGCUGACAAGGUGUUGAUGGACAUGUUCCACCAGGACGAGGAGGACAUCAGCAGCUUCCCUCUGAUGGACGAGGAGCCGUCAGCCAACGAGGAGCAAACGUACUACGAGCUGGUCCGGAGCUUCAUAGCAGAUGGUUGGCAGUACCUCCGGCAGCUCAACCUGCUCAUCAAGGUGUUCAGAGAGCCCUUCAACUCCAGCAUCAUGCUCUUCUCCCAGAACGAUGUGGACAGCAUCUUCAGUCAGAUAGUAGACGUCCACGAGGUGACGGUGAAGCUCCUGGGCCUGAUCGAAGACACGGUGGAGAUGACGGAUGAAGGAAGCCCUCAUCCUCUGGUGGGGAGCUGCUUCGAAGACCUGGCUGAGGAGUUGGCCUUUGAUCCUUAUGAGACUUAUGCGCGGGACGUCCUGCGUCUGGGCUUCCAAGACUACUUCCUCAGUCAGGUGUCCAAGCCAGGAGCUGCCUUCCACCUCCAGUCCAUCUGUGAAGGCUUCAAGGAGGCUGUCCAGUACGUUUUGCCCAGACUUCUGCUCACCCCGGUGUACCACUGUCUACAUAUGUUUGAGAUCCUCAAGCAAUUGGAGGAGAAGAGUGAGGAUCAGGAGGACAAGGAGUGUCUGAAGCAGGCCAUCACGGCGCUGCUGAACCUGCAGAGCAGCAUGGAGAGGACCUGCUCCAGGAACCUGGCCAAGAGGAGGCUGAGCGAGUCAGCGUGUCGUUUCUACAGCCAUCAGAUGAAAGGGAAGCACCUAGCCAUCAAGAAGAUGAACGAGAUCCAGAAGAACAUCGACGGCUGGGAGGGGAAAGACAUCGGUCAGUGCUGCAAUGAGUUCAUCAUGGAGGGCACGCUGACCCGAGUGGGCGCAAAACACGAACGGCACAUCUUCCUGUUUGACGGCCUCAUGAUCUGCUGCAAGUCCAACCACGGCCCCCCCAGGCUGCCCGGCGCCGGCUCCGCCGCCGAGUACCGCCUCAAGGAGAAGUUCUUCAUGCGCAAAGUCCAGAUCAACGACAAGGACGACAAAGAGGGAGAGUACCGUCACGCCUUUGAGAUCAUCCUGAAGGACGGCAACAGCGUGGUGUUUGCUGCCAAAACCGCAGAGGAGAAGAACGGCUGGAUGGCGGCGCUGAUCUCGCUGCAGUACCGCAGCACGCUGGAGCGCAUGCUGGACAAGGCCAUGCUGCAGGAGGAGAAGGAGAAGCAGAUGAGGCUUCCGGGCGUCCACGAGUACCGCUUCGCCGAGCCAGACUCUGACCAGAACGUGGUGUUCGAGGAGAACGUGCAGUCCAUGUCCGGGAUCCCCAUCAUCAAAGCAGGGACGGUCCUGAAGCUGAUCGAGAGACUCACCUUCCACAUGUACGCAGAUCCGAACUUUGUGCGGACCUUCCUGACGACCUACAGGUCCUUCUGUAAACCUCUGGAGCUGCUGCAGCUUCUCAUUGAGAGAUUUGAUAUCCCAGAGCCAAGGACAACUGAUGCUGAUCCAGGGGAAGGAGGAGAGCAGCUUCUCAGUGCUGAGAAGCGUUUCCGGAAAGAGUUUGUCCAGCCGGUUCAGCUCAGAGUUCUGAAUGUCUGUCGUCACUGGGUGGAGCAUCAUUUCUACGACUUCGAGAGAGACCCGUUCCUGCUGAGCCAGCUGGAGGAGUUCAUCGCUUCAGUCAGAGGUAAAGCCAUGAGGAAGUGGGUGGAGUCUAUCACUAAGAUCAUCCAGAGGAAGAAGCAGAUGCAGGUGAGCUUGCCGAGUCACAGCAUCACCUUCCAGAACUCCCCCCCCCCCAUCGAGUGGCACAUCUGUAAACCAGGAAACAUGGAGCCAUUCGACCUCAUGACUCUGCACCCCAUCGAGAUCGCCCGCCAGCUCACCCUGCUGGAGUCCGACUUCUACAGGGCAGUGCAGCCAUCCGAGUUGGUGGGCAGCGUCUGGACCAAAGAGGACAAAGAGAUCCACUCCCCGAACCUGCUGAGGAUGAUUCGACACACCACCAACCUGACGCUGUGGUUGGAGAAGUGCAUAGUGGAGACCGAGCACCUGGAGGAGCGAGUUGCCAUUGUUUCUCGUAUCAUCGAGAUCUUACAAGUUUUUCAAGAGCUCAAUAAUUUUAACGGCGUCCUGGAAGUUGUCAGUGCCAUGAACUCCUCACCCGUCUACAGACUGGACCACACCUUUGAGCUAAUUCCGAGUAAACAGAGAAAGAUCCUGGAGGAGGCUCACGAGCUGAGCGAAGACCACUACAAGAAGUACCUAGCCAAGCUCCGCUCCAUCAACCCCCCUUGCGUCCCGUUCUUUGGAAUCUACCUGACCAACAUCCUGAAGACGGAAGAGGGAAACCCCGACUUCCUGCGCAGACACGGAAAAGAUCUGAUCAACUUCAGCAAGAGACGGAAAGUAGCCGAGAUCACCGGAGAGAUCCAGCAGUACCAGAACCAGCCCUACUGCCUGAGGGUGGAAAACGACAUUAGGAAGUUCUUCGAGAACCUGAACCCGAUGGAGGACCUGUCAGAGAAGGACUUCACCGAUUAUCUCUUCAACAAAUCUUUGGAGAUUGAACCUAGAAACACCCGAUCGUUACCUCGAUUUGCCAAGAAGUACACCUACACUCUGAAGACUCCUGGGAUUCGCCCCACCCCGGCCAGGACGGGCACCAUGCGUCUUCCGACGCCUCUGCAGAACGAGCCCAAGAUAAGCUACAGCCGCAUCCCUGACAGCGAUGCCGAGGGCGGGGCGGCCUCUGCUCCCAACUCUCCCCGCACACCCCUAACUCCGCCCCCAGCCUCCGCUGCUUCCAGCUCUACAGACGUAGGCAGUGUGUUUGACUCACCGCAGGGUCCCAGCAGCCCCUUCCACUCAAGGUCGUCCUCCGUGUCCUCCAUGGUCAGCUUCAGCCGGGGUUCUGAGGACGUCCCCGUCCCUCCCCCGGUUCCUCCCAGACGCCGUCCAGAGUCUGCGCCGUCAGAGUCCUCCCCCUCCAAGAUGAUGUCAGACUUGGAGAGCCCCCCUGCUGUUCCUCCUCGCCAGCCCACAUACAAGCUCCACCCCCCGCGUUACUCCUCCUCCUCCUCGCCCCCCGACAGCCCCCCCUUGCUGCCCCCCCGGGAGCCCCUCAACUCCCCCCUGCACCUGCUGCCCCCCCGGGAGCCCCUCAACUCCCCCCUGCACCUGCUGCCCCCCCCUCCGGGCCACUCCCGCUGCGACCUGCUGCCCCAGACCUUCUUCCCCCCCACCACCUCCUCCGUUUGUUCGGCCCUUCCUGCAGUUCUGUCCUCGUCCCCCCCCCUCGCCGCCCCUCCUCCGCUCACCCCCACCUCCAGAAAGAUGCCCCUCCUUUCCCCGACCGUCACCUCCCCCCUGGACGGGCCCCCCGGUGCCCCCCCCGCCACGGCGUCCCCAAACUUCCUCCCAAGACCUACAAGAGGGACUCUGUUGGACACGCCCUCCUGUUGGACACCGCCCCCCUGUUGGACACCCCCCCCCCAUUGGACAUCCCCCCCCUGCACUGUGAUUGAGCUGCUGCUGGAAGACGCACAACCAACACUACACCGACCAAUCAGGACGUUCUGAUCCGGUCGGAACUGAGAGGAACUGGACACGGAUCAUGUGACCUUAUUCUGGAAGAACCUUCAUCUGUCUGUGCUGCUUCGUUUCUGUUUUCCGUCUGUGACUUCAGGACCAGGACCAGACCCAACUAGGCCUGACUGGAUCAGUUCUGAGGGGUCCUGACUGAACUGGACUGUGGUAAACCUGACUGGGUUGGGCUGGCCCGGCCCAGUACGGCCCGGACUGGACUGGACUGGACCUGACCGUACUCUAAAGGGACUCCCCUGGACGGGUCUGGCCUGAACCUGACGUGACUGAACGGGGCCAGCUGGGACAGGACUGGACCGGACAGAACCACGUUGGCCUGGACCUGAUGGGACCUGAUCACAGGGACUUCACACUGAGGAGAUGUUUCAGGUACUGGUUCUGGUGGACUUGCUGUUGUUGAUGAUGCUGUAAACAAAUAUGGUGAUCUUUAAAAACAAGGGAAUAAACGUGUUUGUAUCACCGA